GCGUUCAAUCUGUCAUCAAAACUAUAACAUUGAAUGCAUCAAAGAGUAAAAACGAUGAUCGCUUCAGUUAAAUAAAUAGCUAGUCGCAUCAUUUUUGAAUUUAUAUAUGUACGUCAUAUAAUUUGAUUAUUGGCACAUUAAAAUGGAUAUUGAUAGUAAAUCAUCAUGAUAAUUUCGUAUUAGUCUGAUUGUGUUUCUGUUUGUUUGUCUUCUGCCAGUUCAUUGACAACAAUAUGAAGCAACCACGAUUUUCCAUCCAUGACGCAUUUGAAGAGGAGAAUGAUGAAGCAAUUCGAGUGUAUGGAUCAACGGUUAUUUCCAAUGUACCAAAACCAUCUGGAUCGGCAUCGGGUAGCGGAAAUACUGGCGUAGGGUAUGCUAGCAAUAAUACAACAACAACAACAAAUGAGAUGACAUGUGAUCCUAGAAAUAAUAAAUUUGGCGCUGAUGAUACCACAUCGAGUAGGGAUAGCGAUUCACUUAUCCAAGAGUACAUAAAUGUGCCACAAACAGAUCUUUACUCCCAUUGUUGGAACCAUCCUAAAAUUCGAGAAAAUUGGCGUACCGUUUUGGCAGCAGUAACAUUGCUUGUUAUAGGUGUUGUGCUAGUUUGUUUGGGUAUCAUUUCAAUCGCGAACCCAGCGAAUGGUUCCCGCGGAUUCGUCUUUCUAUUAGCAGGAUCUAUAUGUUUUAUACCUGGGGCCUAUCAUGUGGUUUACAUAUGGCUUGCAGCUAUUGGUUUUCGAGGCUAUAAUUUUUAUCACCUCCCGCUAUUUACUUAAGUUUCCUCAUACAGCUAUAGCUCAAGAUGGGAAAGUUCAAACAGGAAAGAAUAUUUCCUAAAUUUAUUUUGUGGAAUGAUUCGUGAAAUGGCCUUUUUGCCAUAUUGAUUUUCCAAUUUAUUUACGCGAAAAUGACUAAUUUAUCUGACGAACAGAAAGAACAUCUAAACUGAGUCCACUACGAACAAAGUCUCUUUUACGCUAACAGCAGUUCGUACACGAACGAGUCAGUGCGACAGUUGGCGUGAGCGAGACAAAGUUUGACAGCAAACAAUUUGGUUAUAUCGGUUUAAAUGUUCUUUCAUUUUGAACAAAUAAUAAUGCAUGAAUAUUAAGAGUCCGACUAAAUAGUCUAAAAAUAUAUUCUUAAGCGUUUCUAUGUCUUAUAAUUUAUAAAAAAAUUGCAGAACAAAAAUUGUGUAGCAUCAAUUUGAAGAGUAAAAAAUUCUGUGAAAAUUGAUGGUAUUCAAACAACAUAGUGAAUGUUAUUCACACUUCCAGAGCAAAAACACAUCGAUGGAUUAAAAAAGUUCAUGUUUUAAAUUGCCCAUGCGAAGUGAAUAUUCAUCCAUAUAUGAUAUUGAUCCGAAAGAAACAAAACAAAUAAAGGAAAGAGUACAUUUUUAAGUUCA